AUGCGCGCGGCGCUGGAUUUGGUGCUGGCCAAGGGCGGGAAGUAUGUUGCCAUGGUGCCGGAGGGGAGCCAGGCGGGCGAUGAGGUGUGGGUUAUGAAGGGGUGCAAUGCGCCGUUUGUGUUGAGGAAGAGUGGUGAGAGGGAGGGGAUGAAGAGAAUUGUGGGUGCGGCGUACGUGUAUGGGAUCAUGGAUGGGGAGGCUGUCGAGGGAGUUGAGGAGUUUGAGGCUGUGUCUAUUCAUUGA